UCAAGCAAGUCCAGUUGCUCUCUUCUAUCAACCACAGAUGGCUUUCUUCUAGAUACUUUUCCAUAAAGCCCUGCUCUGUGGAGUGUACGGCUUAAAGUGGUCCUGUGGACAGAUUCUCCCAUCUCCGCUGUGGAUCUUUGCAGCUCGUUCAGUGUUAUCUUUGGUGUCUUUGUUGCAUCUCUGAUUAAUGCCCUCCUUGUCUGGUCUGUGAGUUUUGGUGGGCGGCCUUCUCUUGUCAGGUUUGUAGUGGUGCCAUAUUCUUUCCAUUUUGCAAUAACUGAUUUAAGGGUGCCUUGUGGGAUAUUCGAAGUUUGGGAUAUUUUUUUAGAACCCUAAUCUAUACUUCUCCACAACUUUGUCUCUGACAUGUUCGGAGUGUUCCAUGGUUUCAUGCUGCUUGCUUAGUAGUGUUGCAGAGUCAGGGUCCUUCCAGAACAGGUUGAUUUAGACAGACAUCAUAUGACAGAUCAUAUGACACUUUGAUUGCACACAGGUGGAUCUUAAUCAACUAAUUACGUUACUUAUGAAGUUAAUUGGUUGGAACAGCUCUUAAUUGGGGGUUUCAUACAAAAGAGGGCGAAUACCUAUACACACUCCAGAUUUCUGUGUUUUCAUCUUAAUUGUUUUGUGUCACAAUAAAAAAAAAAUUUGCACCUUUUAAAGUGGUAGGCAUGUUGUGUAAAUCAAAUGGUGCUAACCCCAUAUCAUUUUAAUUCCAGCUUGUAAUGCGACAAAACAGGACAAACACCAAGGGGGAUGCAUACUUUUUCAAGACACCGUAUUAUGAAUAACACGUUGUUGCAUGUUUUCAAGAAAACUUAAGUUCCAGUGAAUAAUAGGAUUUAAAGAUUUGUUGUUCGAGCUAAACAGACAAUAGUUCAUGAUUACCGCUACCAAACAUGUGAAAAUCCAUAGCCAACUUUCGGAAGGCUUUACACUUUGGAUCAUCUAGGUAGCUGUAGAAUGCGUACUGCAUACUCGAGGGCAUCUGUGCAGCUGCCUACUGUCCUGUACAUGAACUAGGUAGAGCUUAAGUGCUCUUCCACAGUGUCACGAGCAUGAGUGUUGUACAUGGACUUCUUGAAGGCACGCGCAAUCACAGGUGUGCUUGCAGUACAUUCCCUCUGUAGCUUUUUCCUUGGGAAUAUUUACUUUGGGAAGGGGGUUCAUGUGAGCUCUUUUCCACAGUAUAGGCCACAUACAGGGACAGUUUCCAGAUCUUAUGGAUUAUAGGUGUGAAAAUUUCUGCAUGGUUCUUCCACACCCAAAAUGGGACAACAAGCAGUGGCAGCUGUCUUAAGAUGUUGCAAACAGUUCCACACAUGCCUUUCUGAGAUCUCAGGAACCUCAACCCCAUCACCUACAACGGCAGGAGACGUCUGCCUGUACGCUGUGUCCCAACGCAAAUCAGCAAUGUAAUUGUUCAGAUCCACUAGUGACUGGUUAUCCAGUGUGACCUUUGCCAAUGUGCAGUGAUGCUGUGAAACAUAAUCCAUGUGUUUCCAUCACUCCUCCCCUGAGCCAACUGGUGCUUGCAGUAUAUUCCGUCUGUUCUGGGCAAUAAUGUUCUCUUUUCUUCUGUUGAGCUCUCAUAACCGAUCCAGAUUGUUGGGAGGUAUUCUCAAUUAUUCCCGCAAUAAAGAUUUCACUAAUGGUAUAAUUCAUUCUGGGUAACACGAUGACAUGUGCGCUGUCCUGAAUGGCAUAUACCUGUCCAUGUGCUUGUGAAUAAGAAUCUCUGAAUUUUUCACAGCCUGAUCAACAUCGGUUGCACUUAAAACACUCUCCCAACUUUUGCUCGCAAGUGCAAGAUAGAAAUCCUCCUUCCAAUGUUUCCUAAGAUCAUGGAUACGGACCCUUUGGUGAACUGGUUUCAGUUUUGUCCCCACUGGGAGUAUGACAGCCAUGUGAGCUGUUUUUAUCGAUAUAGUAUAUGCAGUGCAUUUCCCAAACAGGUCUGGUCGAUUUGUAAAGAUGUUAUCUAAGCAUGCAUUGCCUCUUGUUGAGAAAUUCACUAGAGCAUACCAUGCAGUCAUCAGACAGUUCAUUGGGAUCAAGCUGAUUUAUAUCCCCACCUCUAACUAUGGUCAUUCUAGGGUGUUUGUCUUGCACGUUGUUCACUCAAUGAACGAGGUAUUGCAAAAGGUCUGAGGUCUGGUAUGUAGGCUCGGGUAGAUGAUAGAUACUCCACACGAAUAGCAAAUGUCCCAAGGGUAAUCUCAAAGUCAAGCACAUCAGUUCAUAGAUUUUUUUAUCUAAAAACAUCAAUGACGUCCAAGUUAGUCCUCACAUACUAUAGAUUGCAACUCCACCUUUGCAUCUGCGAUCCAGACCAGACCAAUCCAGUUCCUGUCCCGUCUAAAUAUGAUGUAGCCGGGUAUGUUGACAAUAGCAUCUAGCAUGUCUGAUUUGAGAUGUGUCUGCGAUACAAUGGAAAUAUCAGUGUCAUUCUUAUUCAAAUCAGUCUCCAGUGCUACAGCUGCUUGAACUCAGUUCUUGGAUUUCAUGAGACUGCAGAUAUUGGAAAUAACAAUUUGGGCACAGUGUAAUUCGAGUUAGAUUUGCUAUCAGUAGAUGUUACUUGUCUGGUGAUUGGAACCAGAUUGGUUCUAGCCAUAACCCUGAGAGGACGGUGGUGUGGAGUCCUUCCUGUUCCAAGUAACACAGGGAUGGAUUUACCACUGUUCUCUGCCACAUCCAGAACUAAUUUAUUGCUUCUUGGCCUAAAUUCCUCUCGCUUGCGUCCACCUCGUAACCCUUGAUAUCUAAACAAGUUUAAGCCCUGGAACUCUUGAAUAACAGAGGUACAGUAGUAGGUAGGCUUGACUGUUUACUAAGACCCAGUAGCUUCUUCCUCAUGUACUUACUGUUUUACUGUCUUCCUCUUCUGUUUCAGUGUGAUAAAGUUUCUGACAUCACAAAAUUGAGCAUGGAUGCAGUUCCUUCUAGUUCACCUGAAAGUCCAGUAACAGCUGAUGCCCCAUUGGCACCGGAAAUGAGAUCCAAGACGCCUAAACGUUCAACUCUUUCUCUGUACCAGUUCCAGCAAAACAAAAAAUACCACGAGGAGGUGCUGCAGCGGAUGCGAGUCUUUGCCAGGACGCUGAAUAAACCUUACAGUGCCAGAGAAAGAAGGCUGAAACUGGCUACGCUCGCUUUACAUCAUAAUGAGAGGACAAGCAAGACGGAGUUACAUAAGGAUGAUGCUCUCACUGAGGAACUGAAACCUGCCAAAAGCGAAGACCAAAAGGAAGAGAAGGAAACUGGCAAAAGUGCAGAGGACAGAAAUGAUAAAUCGCCGACCAUGAUGAACAAGUCCACCGUGUCUGUUGCUGCCCUGGAUGGUUCUCUUACCCUUGUCUCUACUCCACCUGUCAAGUUAACUGCCUCACAUUUUGAUGCAAACAAACCAAGUAUGGCCCAAGAAGAAUCUGGUGGACAAAUUGGUGCUCUGAUUGCCAAGACACAUCUAGCAGAUAUCAGUGAUCUCAAUGAGAAGGCUGAGAAGGUUGUCAACUGUCAGGCUUGUACCCAGUGUGAUAAAGUUUCUGACAUCACAAAAUUGAGUAUGGAUGUUGUUCCUGUUGGUUCACGUGAAAGUCCGGUUACAGUUGAUGCCCCGUUGGCAGUGGAAAUGAGAUCCAAGACGCCUAAAUGGUCAAGUCUUUCUCUGUACCAGUUCCAGCAAAACAAAAAAUACCAUGAGGAGGUGCUGCAGCGGAUGCGAGUCUUUGCCAGGACGUUGAAUAAACCUUACAAUGCCCGAGAAAGACAGCUGAAACUGGCUACGCUUGCUUUAUGUCGUAAUGAGAGGACAGGCAAGACUGAUUUACAUAAGGAUGAUACUGUAACUGAGGAGCUGAAACCUGCCAAAAGCGAAGACCAAAAGGAAGAGAUGGAAAGUGCUGGCAAAAGUGCAGUGGAAAUAAAGGAUAAAUCGCUGACCAUGAUGAACAAGUCCACCAUGUCUGUUGCUGCCUUGCACAAUUUUGUGACCCAUUUCCCUACUCCACCUCUCAAGUUAACUGCCCCAAAUUCUGGUACAAACAAACCAAGAAUAGCCCGAGAAGAACCUGGUGGACAAAUUGGUGCUCAGAAUGCCAAGACAUGUCGAGCAGAUAUCAGUGAUCUCAAUCAGAAGGCUGAGAAGUUUGUCAACAGUCAGGCUUGUACCCAGUUGGGAGAAGAAUGGUCAGUGAUGGUCAGGAGUCCAGUCAAUGCUUGGUCCAACAGCACACAGAACGAGGUUUUUCUUCAGCAUGAGGAUUUCGGAAAGGCAGAGAGUAAGGAAACGGCGAAACCAAAAGAAACUAGGAAGAAGAAAAGGAAGUCAAAGGGGCUGAUGAAAGAGAGAAAGACGGCCUACUGGAGUAACACCAAGCGAACUGCUGGUGCAAACAAACCGAGUAUGGCCCAAAAAGGACCUGGUGGACAAAUUGGUGCUCUGAAUGCCAAGACACGUCGAGCAGAUAUCAGUGAUCUCAAUAAGAAGGUGGAGAAGAUUGUUCCCCGUCAGGUUCGUACCCAGUUCCAGCAAAACAAAAAAACCCAGGAGUCGUCACUGCAGCGGAUGCGAGUGUAUGACACGACGUUGAAUAAACAUUACCGUGCCAGAGAAAGACAGCUGAAACUGGCUACGCUCACUUUACGUCCUAAUGAGAGGACAAGCAAGACUGAUUUACAUAAGGAUGAUACUCUAACUGAGGAGCUGAAACCUGCCAAAAGCGAAGACCAAAAGGAAGAGAAGGAAAAUGCUGGCAAAAGUGCAGAGGAAAUAAAGGAUAAAUCACUGACCAUGAUGAACAAGUCCACCAUGUCUGUUGGUGCCUUGCACAAUUUUGUGACUCAUGUCCCUACUCCACCUCUCAAGUUAACUGCCCCAAAUGCUGGUACGAACAAACCAAGAAUAGCUCGAGAAGAAACUGGUGGACAAAUUGGUGCUCUGAAUGCCAAGACACGUUUAGCAGAUAUCACUGAUGUCAAUUGGAAGGCUGAGAAGUUUGUCAACACUCAGUCUCGUACCCAGUUGGGAGAACCACCAAGUCUGGGCGUGAUGGUCAGGAGUCCAGUCAAUGCUUGGUCCAACAGCACACAGAACGAGGUUUUUCUUCAGCAUGAGGAUUUCGGAAAGGCAGGGAGUAAGGAAAUGGUGAAAUCAAAAGAAAUUAGGAAGAAGAAAAGGAAGUCAAAGGGGCUGAUGAGAGAGAGAAAGACGGCCUACUGGAGUAACGCCAAGCGAACUGCUGGUGCAAACAAACCGAGUAUGGCCCAAAAAGGACCUGGUGGACAAAUUGGUGCUCUGAAUGCCAAGACACGUCGAGCAGAUAUCAGUGACCUCAAUAAGAAGGCGGAGAAGGUUGUUACCCAUCAGGUUCGUACCCAGUUCCAGCAAAACAAAAAAAACCAGGAGUCGUCGCUGCAGCAGAUGCGAGUAUAUGCCACGACACCGAAUAAACCUUACCGUGCCAGAGUACGACGGCUGAAAUCGGCUACACUUGCUUUACGUCCUAACGAAAGGACAAGUAAGAGUGAGUUACAUAAGGAUGAUACUCUAACUGAGGAGCUGAAAUCUGCCAAAAGCAAAAACCAAAAGGAAGAGAUGGAAAGUGCUGGCAAAAGUGCAGAGGACAGAAAGGAUAAAUCGGAAACCAUGGUGAAGAAGUCCACGGUGUCUGUUGCUGCCUUGCACAGGUUUGUUACCCGUGUCCCUACUCCACCUCCCAAGUUAACUACCUCACAUCUUUGUGUAAAGAAACCAAGUAUGGCCCGUGAAGAACCUGGUGGAAAAAUUGGUGCUCAAAUUGGUGGUGAUUGUCAACCGUCAAGUUCGUACCCAGUUCCAGCAAAACAAAAAAACCCAGAAGUCGAUGCAGUGGAUGAGAGUCUAUGCUAUGACACUGAAUCAAACUUACCAUGCCAGAGAAAGAAGGCUGAAACUGGCUAUGCUUGCUUUACAUCCUAACGAGAGGAAAAGCAAGACUGAGUUACAAAAGGACAAUACUCGAACUGAGGAGCUGAAACCUGCCAAAAGCAAAGACCAAACGGAAGAGAAGACACAUUUUCCUUCGAUUGAACUUGAAAAUGAACCAGACGCUGAUCUCACAGAGAAACUGUAACAAACUGGACAGGAGAAGCGGUGGAUGAGACUCCUUUGUCUUCAUUCCAAAUCUGGCAAAAAAGCCCACAUCCACACACAGCAAUCCAAAUACAUGUAACUGAGUCAAAUACACUGAGUUUUGUUUGAAAGUAAAUUUUUUUUGUUUAUUCUUGUAUUUAGAACAACAACAGUAUGAAUAUUAAAUGCCAUAAUUAUAUAUUUACAAGUUAUUCCCCAAAAUCGAGUUGUACAUGAGCUGACAGCCCACGAGGUGCAUCAUAUCAAGUUGGCUAUAAACCAUGUACAACGAGAUUGAGUGGAAUAACUGUUUUAUUCUAUCCACAUUCACUGGAUUUUGAGAAACGGAGCAUUUUUAUUUUAAUUUUUUGCAAAUUUGAUAACUUUAUACAAAAUGUCUGACAAAAUCAUUUCUGCUUAGAAUGUAAAUAAACUGGUGAAAUGACCGUAGCAAUUUGUGAAAAAUGCAAAAAUAAUAAUUCUUGAAAAAUAAAAGAUACAUUCUUACCAUCAAAUAAUUCCAUAUUUUGUUGCCUUUUUUUUGAAUG